GAGCCAAGCUCGCACAGGCCUUGGCGUACCACCACUGCUGUCAAUAUCAAACAGAUCCCGACACGACGUUCACCGAUAUAUGACAGCUUUGUAUUCCAAAAUAGACGUCCUACCGGGCCCCGGUGCGGUGACACGAGGUUUUGUGUCCAUCAUUGGUCCCCCAAGCAGCAGCCAGCAGAAGCAGAUGAUCGACGCAGGCCUGCCUCGAGUCUCGAGUGCGCCACCCGAGCUGCGGACAUAGGUAGGUAGGUGUGUGUGCAUGAGGCAGCCCGAGCAUGAUACCAACUGCCUUGACGAGACCCCACCUCGGACCCCAAUAGCCGCAAUUCUCACUCUCUCUCUCACUCUCAGUAGCGUUCAACCUCAAGCAAUCAAACUAAUUGUGCUGUUUUUCCAUACGUCCUCUGCCCGUCCUGCAUGGCGCGGCAUGGGCGUAGCACUAGAACUAGUCCUCGACCCACUCUGUCGGUCGCGGCUCUUCAGAUGGGAUCUACGUACUCGACCAUACCCAGUUCCAGUUUCGCGAACCCCUCUCUCUCUCUCCCACCCCUGGACCUCGCUGUGCCCCUGCGCCUUGACAGACGAGGUCAUCCCCGUCUCGUCGUCGACUCUCUCUCGUCACCAGAAAGGGGAGGGAGGGGGGAGAAAGCGCCACUCUUUUUUUUUCUGGCCCUUCUUACUUCCUACUACUCCUUCUUCUUCAUCGUUUCACAACCUACGGACAUUGCUUCCAAGUCGAGGCGGCAUCGCCGCGUCUCACUCAUCAACUCUCCCUCCCUCCCCCCCCUUGCUUUCGCGCAGACUGCAAUAUGGAAAAAGUUGGUCUUGCGUGGCAGCGAGACAUGUAUUUUUCGGCUAUUCGACGAGGCGGGCGUCGCCCGUUUUUCAUAUACGCAAUCGCAAUCGCAAUCGCAAUCGCACAGUGCGGCGCGUGAUGCCUUUUUUUUGUUGCUGCUUUGCGAGAUCUAAUAAACAAUGCUAAUGAUAAUAGCAGCAAUACUAAGAUAAUAGCGCCGACGCCCGGAGGGACGAUCAAUCGAUCGAUGAUCUCUCUCUCUCUCUCUCCCUUUCUCCAAUGUUGACAGCUCCCUCCCCUUCAUCUCCCUCUCUGGCGCACCCUCUGGCGUC